ACACACCAAGUUGUGCUGCCCAGCUUGUCCCAGCUUCGGAACAAGCUGGCAGCUCCUCCCCUGGACUCUGGUCACUGCUUGGCUGCACCUGCACUGUUCAGUCCUCGCUUGUGACCGGACUAAGAAAUCAGCUGGAGAAAAGCGUCCACCAGAGCAACCCAAGCAGCUGAAUGCACUCUGAGAGGACACAAAUGCAGCUCUGACUGGGCUCCCCAAGCUCUGCCACACAGGAGAAGCAGUUCUGCCCUGCACAGAUCCUCUGCCCACGCUGAAAAUGCCAGAGGCCGCUGCUAGUGUCCUCCUGCUCCGUGCUGGCCUGGCACUGCUAGCCUGGCCUGUCUACCUGCUGUCCUUCCUAGGCAUCUGGGAACCUUUCUGCAGGAAGGUCUUUUUUCCCUUCUUCUUAGAAAUGAUUUCUGGGGUUCAUGAAAAGAAAUCAAAGAAGUACAAGCAGGAGCUAUUCCGCAAUCUGCCUGACUUCAGGGGCCCUUCCGGGGAGCUGCGGCUGCUGGAGAUUGGCACCGGCAGUGGCUCCAACUUCCAGUUCUACCCACCGGGCUGCAGAGUCACUUGCACCGACAUCAACCCCAACUUCCAGGAGGGCCUCUCCAGAAACAUGAAGAAGCACCAGCACCUCCACUACGAGCAGUUCCUGGUGGCCGCGGGAGAGGACCUGCGGCAGGUGCCCAGCGGCUCGGUGGACGCUGUGGUUUGCACCCUGGUGCUGUGCUCCGUGCACAGCGUCAGCAGCACCCUGAGGGAAGCGCUCCGGGUGCUCCGGCCGGGAGGAGCUUUCUAUUUCUUGGAGCAUGUGGCCGCUGAGCAUUCCAGCUGGACAUAUUUUUGGCAGCAAGUCUGUUACCCGACUUGGAAACUCGUCUUUGCUGGAUGCUGCCUCACGAGAGAGCUGUGGAAGAAUCUGGAAGAGGCAAAGUUCUCUGAGCUGAAGAUACAACACAUCAGCGUGGCGAUACCAUGGAUGCCCAUCGAGCCACACAUCGUGGGGUAUGGGGUGAAGUAACCCCUGUCCUGCCCCCCGUCCCCCAAAAUUCCUCAUCGUGACCCACACAACCCUGCACAGCACAGGCUCCUCCACACGUGCCCACAUCAGUAACACAGCGAAGGACUUGAAUCAGAAACCAAACUGCCAGGUGAGAAGAGAGGGUCUAUUUCCUGAGUGUCUCUGAAUCACACAAUCAACUAAGCUGGAAAAGCCCUUUUGGAUCACAGUCCAAGGGUAACCCAGCACCAGCACCGUGUUCACCACUAAACCCUUUCCCCAAGUGCCACAUCCACACGGUUUUUGAACACUUCCAGGGAGGGUGACUUCACCACUGCCCUCGGCAGCCUGUGCCAGGGCCUGACAGCCCUUUCUGUGAAGAAAUCUUUCCUCCUAUCUAAUUAAACCUCCCCUGGUAUACCUUGAGGCUGUUUCCUUCCUGAAGCCCUGACACUGCUGAUCCUGCCUUGCUAGAGCCCAGGGCAGCCAGGGAGGAUCCCAGCACAACAGAAACCAGCCCAGGAAGCAGAAAAUAAAGGUAUUAGUGGAAGGGGA